AUUAUCUCCCCGUCCUUCACUAAACAUUAUUUUAUGCCUUGCGCUUUGCGCCUCACGCCCUGCAUCCUGAAGGCUUUCUGUCUACAUCCUCUAAGGUUAUCAUCUUAUUGAAUUGUGCGAUGCAAGAAUUAAACUACUUUAUCUCAGCUUAUCAUAAUUUCUCUUUCUGAACUGGCCAAAACAAUCCCAGUGUACAAACGUGCAGCUCUUUGUCGCCAUGUCUCCUCGUUCCAACAAUUCAGAUGGCUCAACCAGCCCAGAGGCCAAGGAACGUCGAGCGCGUAAUAGGGCAGCCCAGUUAAAGUUUCGUAAGAAGAAACAAGAAGUCGAUGAGACACGCUGCAACCGAAUAAAGCACCUUGAAGGUGUGAUUGAGAAAAUGAGCACUGUCUUGGUAGACUUUACAGAUGGGCUCUUACAGCGGGAUAUCGUUCAACAGAGCCCUGCUAUGAUAGCCAGCAUUCAAGGCGUUAUCGCCGAUAUCCUUACAUUGGCCAAUGAAGCCGGAGACCCUGAACAGGACCCCAAGACUCGUAAGGCUCGGAGGAAAGUCACUGAAACCCAAUGUCAUUCUCCCAAGGACUGCGAAGGUGAGUCUACUGGCUCAGCUCCGAAUGUUGCCAUUCUCACUACCCCCGACGAUCCGAUGAUAGGUCCGGACCAACAAGAAGCCGUCAUUUACCCAAUGCCCCUUACAGAUAACCCUCCCAUACAUAUACCUCAAGUAGAAGAUGAAAUGGCACAGUUACCAGUAGUUCCAACAGUUUUGUCCCAAGCAAAUUACCCACAAUGUACUAUCCCAGCACCUCUCAGCCCUCUUUUGUGGACAUCCUCAUUACCACCCCUAUCUCUCAAUUCUUUCAUUUGUCGUCUCACAUAUUCAUGCUUCAAAGUUGGCUGCCUCGUUCUCAGCAGAUCGAUCGACGCACCACUCCCCCUAUCAGAAGAAAGUCGCAUGUUUGGAUCGACCCUUCGCUACCGGGAAAGGGAUGAAAUGAUCUUGAGAAUGAGAUGGCUCCUCGGCCCCGGCAAGCAUGAGCUUCAGACAUUGGCAGAGUUACCGUGGGGAGGGCGGUGGUGGGAUCAAGAGUUCUCUGGAAGCGAUCUUGCGAAUUAUGCCACGACUGCUGCGAUGGUUGACUCAUCUGCCCCUCAGUUCCUCAGUGUUCUUGGUGUUGAGAAGCAACUUAUGGCACUCGGUGCCUGCUUUGUGGAUAAAGAGACCAUCGAGCUGGACUCGAGUGCCUUAGCGAUCCUGUCGGGGAAUCGCCUAGAACCUAGCUGCGCGCAACCAGAUAGCUGGAGUUUUGUUAACCUUUUCCCAUCAAAAGAUUCACGACCGCAGAUACAUACGCCGAGAGUACGGGUCAGUUUGAACUUGCUCAUCACAAACUUGACCAAGAUAGCGGUUUGUUUGAUGAAAGGCCCUGGCUUUCCCAGACAGGCACUGAGAGGAGCUAUUGAACAGUCUGUUAUUACGAGGAAGAACAACCCAGAAAGGCAAGGCAUAGCCAAUAUGGAAGCAUCUUUAUGUUACUAAACUAUGUAGAAGAUACUUAAGUAUCUACUUGGCGGUCAUUAUUUAGACUGUGGAUUGCGAGUAAGACCCUAAGUAACGAAGAAUAAGAAAACAAUAUCAUCUACAUGACAA